AUGUCCACCGAUUUCAACGCCGUGGCAACCGAGUUUUGCAAGUUCUACUACAACCAAUUCGACUCCGACAGAACACAGUUGGGUAACUUGUACAGACCAGAAUCGAUGUUGACUUUCGAAACCUCACAACUUCAAGGAGCUAGAGACAUUGUGGAGAAGCUCAGCUCAUUGCCAUUCCAAAAAGUUGCACACAGAAUCUCCACUUUGGAUGCCCAACCUGCUUCUCCAAACGGAGACAUCCUCGUGAUGGUCACCGGUGAGUUACUCAUUGAUGAAGAACAAAACGCUCAGCGUUACUCACAAGUAUUCCAUUUGAUCCCAGAGGGCUCAUCAUAUUACGUGUUUAAUGAUAUUUUUAGAUUGAACUAUUCUUAG